AUGUUCAAAAAGCGGAAGGUGAAUAGCGAUGGUGCUUCAAAAAGACGUCGAGUAAUUCGAAGCGAUCAGUCUGAAGUACAUUACGGCAAUAAACCAUCAAAUGGGAGUAUAGACGAGAUUGAAGAUAAUUCUCCUGAUAUUGAUCAUGACAAAUCAAAGAACGACAAAAAUGGAAACUUAAUUGAUGAGAGCGGCGGCCAACAGUCAUCCAAACGCCGAAAUCAGGAAGCUAUCUCAACUGCCAUUAACGAAUUAAGUCAUUCGAAGUCAAGUAAUAGGGAUGUAUCCUUACCAAAUGUCUUAGUAGCACAAUCACAUAGCAGUUCCACAAAGACAACUCAUGAAGCUGCGAUUAACGUUCUAGAUCCCAAGAAACAAACUGCUAACAUACGGACAACCUUAUUUACUGAUUAUCAGCCUGAUGUUUGCAAGGAUUAUAAGCUAACAGGCUAUUGUGGGUACGGAGACAGUUGUAAAUUUCUACACUCGAGGGAUGACUUCAAGGAAGGAUGGAAACUUCAUCAGGAUUGGAAGGUAGACGACGAGAAAACUUUGAGUGACAUUAAGGGCAUACCUUUCAAGUGUCUCAUCUGCAAAAAUGAUUAUAGGAACCCAGUCAUAACAGAAUGCGGGCAUUAUUUUUGCUCAUCUUGCUUUAUGCGGCGAGCAAGGGAAGACACUUUGUGUCCAAUCUGUAAAUCAGACACUCAUGGAGUAGCUAAAAGUGCUAAGCACUUAAAAACAAUUCUGAAGAAUAGAAGUAAACCGAUUUAA